AGCUGUCAGAAAGUGCGCGCCCAGUAUCCUCCAGAGCGGAGAAGCGAGAGCGGUCUGUCGAUGUACCCGUAGUUUGUUUCUGCUCUUCACUUCAGAUCACUUACCGUAGCUAAGCUAUAUCUAGACCUCACGAAGGAGCAAGGACACAAAAGAGGAGAUAUCCGUUCGUGACCUGAACCGAGCCCGGCCAUGGACGAACAGGCAGGGCCCGGAGUUUUCUUCAACAACAACAACUCGAUCUUAGCCGGUGUGGGGAAGGUACUGCUGCCGGAGGGGGGUGUAGGGGAGGCGGCGAGGGCUCCUUACAGUAUCCCGGGGAUCCUACACUUCCUGCAACACGAAUGGGCUCGCUUCGAGGUGGAGAGGGCUCAAUGGGAGGUGGAGCGCGCCGAAUUGCAGGCUCAGAUUGCGUUCCUCCAGGGAGAGCGGAAAGGACAGGAGAACCUGAAGAAGGACCUGGUUAGGAGAAUCAAGAUGCUGGAAUACGCUCUCAAACAGGAGAGGGCCAAGUACCACAAGUUAAAAUAUGGAACAGAGUUGAACCAAGGAGACAUGAAGCCUCCCAGCUAUGACUCUGAUGCGGUGAAUGAGAAUGAGACCCCUGGCUCCCUGAACAACCAGUUGUCCUGGAAACAGGGUCGACAGCUCCUCAGACAGUACCUCCAGGAGGUGGGUUACACCGACACCAUCUUGGAUGUAAAGUCUCAGAGGGUGAAAACCCUGCUGGCUAUGGCUGGAGACGGAGGGGGUAGACCUGGGGAGAGGACGGGGUCAGAGACCCCCCUGGUUAACGGGACAGACGGCGUAUCUAAAGGCACUGGAGGACGGAAGACGGAGGUGUCAGAGUCCAGUGCUGUGCUGGACUCAUUCAGGUUCUACUGUGAUGAAGACGAUGAUGAAGAUGGUGCAGGGUUGGAUCUGACUAUCAUGGAACAGACAGGACCUACGGGGACCAUGGUGAGGAAGAAGCCACCAUCGUCAUCAUCACCGGCCCUGUCCCUCAGUAUGGACACUAGUGAGGACCCGGACGCAGAGGACGCACUGAAAGGCUUCGACUUCCUGUCUAGCCCUGACAAUAUGGACACAUCGCCUGAGUCCCGCAGCGCUGGGGACGGGACCGACUGGGAGAAGGAGGAGCAGUCUGCCAUGUCAGAGGCCUGGGACGUGGACCAGGGUUUGAUAACCAAACUCAAGGAGGAGUACAGGAAGGAGCGCAAGGGGAAGAAAGGGGGAAAGAGACCUAACCGGUCUAAGCUCCAGGACAUGCUGGCCAACCUGAGGGACCAAGAGGACAUGAGUCCCAGAGAACCCUCUUCCCCCCAGGCCCGCUCCAACGCACCCAGGCUCAACGAGCAGCACCAGGACAACCGCACGGACGAAGUGGAGGCGCUGACGUUCCCUCCCUCCUCAGGAAAGUCCUUCAUAAUGGGUCCUGAUGAGAACAUGGAGGCUGAACUGGGACUGGGACUGGGGGAGCUGGCUGGUCUUACCGUCGCCAACGAGGCUGAUAGCUUGGCGUACGACAUGUCCAACAACAAGGGUACCCUGAGGAGGACGUGGAACCCCAAGUUGACCCUGCGGAGCCACUUUGACGGGAUCCGAGGUUUGGCGUUCCACCCCGUAGAACCGGUUCUGGUCACCGCCUCAGAGGACCACACGCUGAAGAUGUGGAACCUGCAGAAGACUGCCCCCGCCAAGAAGAAUGCCUCUGUAGAUGUGGAACCCAUGUACACGUUCAGGGCCCACCAGAGUGCAGUGCUGUGUGUUGUGAUGAGCAGUACAGGAGAGCAGUGUUUCAGUGGAGGGCUGGACGGGACCAUUCAGAGCUGGAACACGCCGAACCCUAACCUCGACCCAUACGAUUCAUACGAGCCGUCUGUCCUGCGUGGGGCGCUGUGUGGUCAUACUGACUCGGUGUGGGGUCUGGUGUACAGUGGUGUUCAUCAGAGACUCCUGUCUUGUUCUGGAGAUGGCAGCGUCAGGCUGUGGGACGCCUCCAGUACCAAGCCUGCCCUGGCCACCUUCCACAAUACAGAAUUUGGCGUGCCGUCCUCAGUGGACCUGGUCUGCAGCGACCCCGCCCACAUGGUGACAUCGUUCACCAGCGGUCAGAUUGGCCUGUUCAACAUGGAGACACAGCAACUGGUGCUCAGCCUGGAGUCUGCUGCAGAGACGGGUACCCGCUGUCCGAUCAACAAGGUGCUGAGUCACCCCACCCUCCCCAUCACCAUCACCGCUGAAGAGGACAGACACAUCAAGUUUUUCGACAACAACACAGGAAAGCUGAUCCACUCAAUGGUGGCCCAUCUGGAUGCCGUUACCAGUCUAGCUGUCGACCCCAACGGGCUCUAUCUGAUGUCUGGCAGUCAUGACUGCUCUAUUCGUCUGUGGAACCUGGAAACUAAGACGUGUAUCCAGGAGUUUACAGCUCACAGGAAGAAGAAUGAUGAGUCUAUCCAUGACGUGGCCUUCCACCCCUCUAAGGCCUACAUCGCCUCCGCCGGGGCAGACGCUCUCGCCAAGGUGUUCGUAUGACGAGGACCAAUCAGCCCACAGACACAGCCUCCCAGCACCAGGGAUCAAUAGAGACACAGGAGGGGCGGGACCUUAAGAAACGGGCGUGUGAGGUUCCACGCAGACUUUCCCUCACACAUAUCACCUCUCACACUACUGGUUCCCUGUUUUGACUGGUGGAUGAUGCAGCCAAUAGCCACUUCCAAGCCCCAGACUUCUAGGCCCGCCUCCAGGGGGAUAGGGCCAGGGCUGUGGUUGGCUCAGAGGUCUGUUAGGGGAACUGCGAUUGGGCACAAGACUUCCUCAUCCCUGUGCAAUCCAGGCAGGCCCCUUGGGUAUGACCGGCCACAGAGACCCUCUUUCUUCGAAUCCGGGGGCCAAUGAACACCCACACAGACUGAUACUAUUGUCUUAUGCUCUGUCUUCCCUUCACAGCUAGCGAGGGCGUUGAAGACAGACAGCUGUUUUUAUAGUGUAGACUCCCUAGAGAAGGUGGAGCACCAUGCCCUACCCCCUCCUCAUGUCGUCAUGCCCAUUAACCAGAACUCCAAGCCCCCCCCCCCCCAUUUCCCCAAUCUGUAGGCCCAAACUUCUCCCCUCAGAUCAGGGUAGACUGUCUGCUCCUUGGUCCCUCCUCUCCUUCUCCCUCCAAGUCAGACUUCUCCCCUCAGAUCAGGGUAGACUGUCUGCUCCUUGGUCCCUCCUCUCCUUCUCCCUCCAAGUCAGACUUCUCCCCUCAGAUCAGGGUAGACUGUCUGCUCCUUGGUUCCUCCUCUCCUUCUCCUCCAAGUCAGACUUCUCCCCUCAGAUCAGGGUAGACUGUCUGCUCCUUGGUUCCUCCUCUCCUUCUCCUCCAAGUCAGACUUUUCCCCUCAGAUCAGGGUAGACUGUCUGCUCCUUGGUCCCUCCUCUCCUUCUCCUCCAAGUCAGUUUCAGUGAUGGAGAUGCAUCUCACUUUUCCCCUUCUGCUUCCAAGGCUGACUGCCCAGUCUCUGCCCACCCGCCAGCCAGCCAGUUUCUCUCUAUGCUUUCCUUUUAAAAAUACUUAUUGAAAAAUGUGCCUUUGCUUUAAAAAAAAUAAAUUAAAAAAAUAAGGUCUUGAAACAAAAGUUAAUUUACAGAGCAUCUGUUUUUGCGUGGGGGGGCGAGGGGAGGGGGAGGGGGGGACAGAGUUGAUAGGGAAAGGUUGUCACGAUGGUGUCCAUUUUAACAAAAAAUAUUGGAUGUAGAAUUUCAAAUACUUAUAAUAAACAAAAUAUAUAUUAAGUCUUAAAACUGACUGUGCUGAAGUGAGUUUGAGUGCUCAUUUUUUUUUAAAUAAAAAGCAUGGGUGGAAAUAAG